AACAAAGCCAGCGCCAUUUUGAACCGAACACUUUGAGACUCUGCUGGACCAUCGAUAUCUGAGCUUUUACAAAUGAGUGGCUCAGAAUGUUAAGAUGACCGUUGACAGUGGCGGUGGCGGGCUGGGUGGUGGCAGCAGCGGCGGUGGUGGUGGUGGUAGCUCGGUGGUGGAGGAGGAGGCACCAGAGAAGGAGAUCUGUGCCCGUCUCAUUAACUACCAUGGGAAUUACGGCUCGCAAGUGGUGCCAUCUCUGUGCUGUCUUGUUGGGCCAGCAUUUGUCACCUCCCCCUCUGAAUCAGCUGUUGGUCAUACUGUGCAAGACAACCACCACCCACACCACACACACACCCAAACAGCCCCACAGCCCCAAACUCAACAACAACAGCAGUACAUACCCAAUCAAACGCAAAAAUACACCUUGUCGUCAUGGUUUGGGGCCUCUAACCAACAACAGCAGCAGCAGCAGCAUCAACAACAACAACAACAACAGCAACAGUCUCAGGGCCACGACGAGUUCCCUAUCUUGGACGACCCUGAAAACCUGUCCACUUUAUGGCCAGAUGACCCUGAUUCCGGGCACCCAUUCACCAAGGCAGCGCUCCAGGGGGAUCUAGGGACAGUGAAAGAGUUUGUGGCCCGGCAGACCUUUGACCCUGUCUCGAAGAAGGCCCAACAUGCGCUCCUGGUGGCUUGUAGGACUGGCAAUGUGGAGAUGACCCGGGUGUUGCUGGAUGCUGGUGUUGAUGUCCACUGCAAGGAUGCCAAGUCAGGCUGGCAACCCAUCCACAUCGCUACCUACCGCGACCAUGUGGCGGUGGUGGAGGCACUGGCGAUGCAUGGGGAGUGGCGCCGUGGUGUUGCUCUGGUGCGUUUCCGAGGCAUCACCUGCAAUCUUCUUCACCUGGCUGCUAAUUUUGGGUGCCUGGCUGUCCUACGGUACCUCCUCUCCCAUACUGUCAGGCUGGGCCUGCAUCUGGAAGUGAGGGACGCAGCGCACUGGACAGCCCUUCACCACGCAGCGUUUGAGGGCCGUGCACAGGCUGUCACCUUGUUGCUGCAGGCCGGCGCUGACAUCAAUACUGCAGAUCCUCAUGGGGUGACACCUCUACAUGCUGCUGCUUACCAUGACCACACACCGAUUGUGAGGUUUCUCUUGAGUCGAGGGGCCAACCCCAAGAUGAUCGUUAAAACACCCACUUCAGCAACAUCAACAAGACACCGCCGCGCCAGCCAUGCAGUGCUGCCAACACCACCGAGCCACCACAAUCACCACCAAACCCUAGGGAGCCUUGGACGCGUUCCUCGGACAACAUCGCUGGAUAAUUUAUUCCGUCGAGGCUACAAAUGGAGGCCAAACGACGCACCCCAGGGGAGUUUGACGUCUUUAAUCACCCCAAGACACACCCCAACACCGUCACCCCAGCCUGUUCGAGCCAAAUGGGGGAGGUCGUCAGGCUGGGAGAAAUGGGAGAGGCUGUCAUCACCACCUUGUUUGACUCCCAAUAGUCUCCCGCCACCUUCUCUCUCUCACUCACUCUCUCAAGAGGUGCUGUGCAGGGCUGCUGGUGGUGGUGGUGGUGGUGGUGGUGGUGUGAUCACUACGAAGUCACUCCCAGCUUGUCACAGCCAUGGGAAGGCCAGGAAGAUGUCGCCGUUUGCGUUUGGCACGGAGAGGGGUUUGGAGCGCGUUGAACCUAUUCUGAAGUUCCACGUGGGAUCAACGCUCCUUCACUGGGCGGCCUCAAAGGGUUAUGAUGACCUGGUGGCUGACCUCUUGGCUAGGGGGCUCUCGGUGGACGCGUGUGACCGCCUGGGCCGCACUCCCUUGGGACUGGCCACCUUUGCCGGCCACACCAGUAUUGUCAACACCCUUCUGCAAGAAAAUGCCUCGCUCUCCGCAGAAGAUAAGGACUGGCGGAUCAUAGCAAGAGAGGAGGUUGGUCUGUGCAUAGUGAGGGUUAUAGAAGAGACAGCUGUGUGUUCCCUUGAUGCAGCUCGCUCGGACGGCUUCACCCUGCUACACCUUGCCGCCCAGCAGGGUUACCCCAAUAUGAUGCAUCGACUUCUGUCUCUAAAGGUAUCGCCAGAUGUCCGCAACAAUCAGGGAGAGACACCGCUGUUUGUGGCCAUAAGGAACAACCAGCUGGCCUGCGUACAACAACUGAUUAACGCCGGAACGCGCCUCAAUCUCGUCGACAACCGGGGAGGCUCGGCUCUGCACAUGGCGGCUAAGAAUGGCAAUGUCACAGUGAUUGACAUGCUGCUGACGACUUCCGAGCUGGAGGAGGAGAGGAAUGUUGAUAUUAACCGCUGCGACAAGAUUGGCUACACCCCGGUCUAUUAUGCCAUCAAUGCCAGCAGGUACGACAUCGUCCAGCGGUUCUUGGAAUACAGCCUAGUUCGCAAAGUCCACUGCAAGGCCACAAACGGCGAAACACUCUUGCAAUUCUACACAGAACGUAACAACUUGGGACAGUACGACAAUGCAGUGGUUCGCGUCUUGGAGUGCGAGAAACUGCUACACUCCACCAAGCCAAGUGCCGAGAUGUGCCUUAGGGUCCAGCUUGGCACUACGGAGGCUAGUUCAAAGGCCCGGUCACAGCUGCAGGCUAUGUAUGAGUCGACAAGAGCUCAAAGACAUUGUUGGAAUUUUUGGUUUUUUCUAUCCUGCUUCUUACUGCCAUCUGUAUUCUACUACCUGGAUGUGUACACGGACAUCUUGCUGGCUGUAGAAUACCAUCAGGAUUAUCUAAAGAGCAUUAAUGGAUCGGAUGUUGCAAGGAAUGUGACGACAGGGAACCAUUCGCUGUCUGAGGAGAUGGUCGUGGUGGUGGAAGGGGAAGAGGAGGAGGACCUCGGAUUCCUGGCCAAUCUGACAGACAAUCCCGACAAGAUCAACUUCCUUUUAACAGUCUUCUUCAUCUUGCUGCCAAUCACUCUCCUGUCCACCUGGAACCUAUACAUUCACGUCACUCAGCAAGACAUCCUGCCCAUUUUUAAGCUCCUUCCUUCCUUCCUGAGAGUGUCGCUAUAUACUCUUAUAUUCCUAACGCCUCUGGCCCCAGUGAUGGCUUACCUGGAGAACACCUACGCCCAGAUGAAGCAUAUGAAUGUUACAGCAAGACAGAUGCAGGAGGUUGGGGUCGAUAGCAAAGACAGGGCCAACCCGCCAGUAGGGGGGGUGUCCUCUGAGCCAAGCAACCCCCUCUUCCCCCCUUCACAACGCAAGGUGGACUCCAAAUCGUACAACAGCUUCCCUCCGCACGGGCCGACCAAGACUUACCGUCACCACAUGCGUGAUAUGGAGAUUCGGAAAUAUUAUGACCUCAAACACGUAGCUCAAAUGAGAGUGGCAAUUACUAACGUCAUGGAGGCUACGUUGGAGUCAGCCUUCCAGUUGAUCCUACAGCUGUACAUUGUAGGCACACACUACACGGAGCUGGACCAGGUGAAGGACGUGACCCUGGGCAGCAUCUUGUCCCUCUCACCGCUGGGGCAAAACACACAGCUCUCCAAACAAGUCUUCUCUGUCCUCAUAUCACUGGUGUCCCUCACGUGGUCUUUCACGUCGUACCACCGUUUCUCCAAGCUGGGAGGACUCACGAUUCUCAAUGCACUGCCUCUUCUGUUCGCCAUAUUCUUUCAGGUGGUGUCGCGUGCCAUCGCCUGUACAGUGUUCACCCUGGCACACACGUGGAAGGUGUUUGUGGUUCUUGGUGUACACUUUGUGGUGGUGUUGGUCUUCAAACUCAAGCUGGAAGAGAGCUCAGUGUUACCAGUGCGCACUCCGUUUUACUGCUGUCAGUGUUUCUUCAUGUACCUGCGGCCAUAUUUCUACGUCUUUCUGGGCACCAUCGCGUCCACACUGGUCUACUUCAGGCUGGAGCGUCCCUCGGCUGUCAAGAAGCAGAGGGCAAGACGGCACUCCACUGUGGUCAUACAGGUGUUGUUUCUAGUGCUGGCCUUUAUAGAGAACCUGGUACUGUUGGCUCUGGGGAUUUGUGGUCUGGAUGAAAAAUAUGACAGCACCUUCAUCAUCAUCUCGGCCGUCCUGUGUGCCAUUAGCUAUCUUACUGGGGUUAUUCUGCAUGCUGUCUAUUACAGCUGCUUUGGCCAUCCGUGGGUGGACAUAAAUGGGCCAUCCGUGCACCGAGACCUGGACGAGGGAACGCUGGUGUUGUCGUACUACCAGCAGGGGAAGGUGUCCAAGUGGGCCAUCAACUCUUGCUGCAAUAUUGAACACCACACGGAGAUGCCCACAGACCUGAUGCCUGGGUUCAUACUGGGAAAGGAUGUCACCAGAAACAGGGAGGUGGACUGGGACAACCUUUAGAGACACUUCGGAAGGUUCUGUAUGGUUUCGGAAGGUUUUGGGGGCAUUUUGGAAGGUUUCAGAAGCUUUUGGAACAUUUGAGAAGGUUUCAGAAGUCUUUGGGACAUUGUGAAGCCUUUUUUAGAGGUUCCAGAAGCCUUUUUGGGAUAUUUCAGAAGGUUUUGGAAGCUUUUUGGGACAAUUUGGCUGGUUUCAGAAGCUUUUGGGACAUUUUGGAAGGUUUUGGGGCAUUUCGGAAGGUUUCAGAAGCCUUUUGGGACAUAUUGGAAGGUUUUGAAAGCUUUUGGGACAUUUUCCAAGGUUUCAAGAGCUUUUUGGGACAAUUUGUGAGGUUUUGAAAGCUUAUUGGAAGGUUUCAGAAGCCUUUUAGAAUGUGAUGAAAGUUUAUUGGGACAUUUUUGGAAGCCUUCGGAACAUUUUAAAACCUUGUGGGGCAUUCUGGAACCUCUUGGAACCUGUAGGAACCCUGUGGAGGACUUGUAAAGGAUGCAGAUCACUUGUAGAAGGAUUGAAGGAUUUGUAGAAGGCUUGACUAACUUGUAGAAGACCUGGCUAACUUGUAGAAGGGCUGAACAACUUGUAGAAGGAAUAGGGGACUUGUAGAGAGUAUGUGGGAUUUCUAGAGAGCCUGUGGGACUUGUAAAGGGCCUGGUUAACUUGUAGAAAGGCUCGGUUAAUAAAAAACGACCUUGUUGAAUUGGGAAAGGCCAGAGGGACUUGUAGAAUGGCUGAACGACUUGUAGAAGUGCUAAAAGAUCUGUGAAGGGGGCUUGUUGACUCCUGGAGGCUUUGGUUAACUUAAAAAGACCUUGAUAACUUGUAGAAGGGGCUGAGGGACUUGUAGAAGACCUUGGUGACUUGUAGAAGGGUUGGGUCACUUGUAGAAGACCUGGUUGACUUGAGAAGACCCUGUUUAGACAAUAGAACAACAAAGGGCUCUGGUUAGCCUGUAGGAGCACUGUAUAACUUGUAGGGAGGCUUGAAAGAGUGUUGUUUCAAGGCUGCUAGUAACUUGAAGGCCCUAAAUUUGCCUGUAGAAGGUCUGAGGGUAGUGUAAAAGGCCCUAGUUAACUUCUAAAGGCCCCUAAUUUGUUUAUAGAAAGUUUAGGGGUGGUGUGAAGG